GGCGGCUCGGACAAGGGCCCGGACGGGAACCGCAUCGACUCGAUCCCGAUCGCGAACGGCGUGAUCAAGGCCGGCGGGGCGUGCGACAUGCUCCUGUACGACUACACGGACCACGCGGGCUUCGAGGCGACGAUCGAGAAGUACGACGCGCUCAUCGUCCGCAUCAACCCCGGCCAGCUGUCCCAGAUCCCGGGCGUCGACGGCGUCCAGGCCAAGUUCGACGCGACGAUGAACGCGUUCGUCGGCAAGGGCAAGCCCGUCUGGUCGAGCCCCGGCGUCCAGCAGAAGAUGGGCGCCAAGGACGCUCUCUGCAAGAUCGCCAACAUGGGCUGCGGCCUCGUCGACACGUUCGCGUACUACGACGCGGAGACCCUCGAGACCCAGUUCAAGAAGACGAUGGCGUUCCAGCCGCGCGUGGUCAAGCAGAACCGCGGCUCGGCGGGCGAGGGCAUCUGGCUGUGCUGGAUCGCUAACGCGACCAAGGACGGCAUCAUCCCCGACAUCGAGUACCCGUCGAAGACGUUCGGGGCCGAGUCGCUCGGCGACGACGUCAUGCUCAAGCUCAUGGAGAUGAACGACAACCACGUCGAGUACCACACGGUGAAGGAGUUCCUCGUGUUCUGCGGCGGCGCGGCGGCCGGCGGCCAGCUCGUCGACCAGCGGCUCCUGCCCCGCAUCUCCGAGGGCGAGGUCCGCGUCCUCAUGGCGGGCGACACGUGCCAGAUGAUCAUCCACAAGAAGCCCGAGGGCGGCCUGUCGGCGGUCGGCGGCAACUCGGCGUACACGUACUACGAGCCGUCGGACCCGCUCUACGCGGACCUCCUGACGAAGCUGACGACGGACAUCAAGAACGGCCUGAUGGACGUCCUCGACCUCAAGGGCGAGGCGCUCCCGCUGCUCUGGACGUGUGACUACAUCCCGAAGAACCCCGAGGGCUGGUCGAAGACGGAGAACGCGUGCGACAUGGAGACGGAAUACGUCGUCGGAGAGUUCAACUGCUCCUGCGUCGGC